AUGGCUUCCUCGACGGAUUCAACGAAAGUCUCGUGUGCAAUAUGUAAAAAAGCCAAAGGACAAUUUAAAUGCGAAGGAUGUUCGCAAACUUUUUGUCCAAACCAUUCAAUAGAACAUCGAAACGAACUCAGCAAGCAAUUCGAUGAAAUUGUUUUCACUUAUGAUUCUAUUCAACAAGCGCUCUUACAGCAAACGCAAGGUCUUCAGCAGCACCCAUUGGUGCAAAAACUCAAUCAAUGGGAAGCAGAUUCCAUAUUGAAGAUUCAACAAGUGGCCCAACAGCUCAGGAACGAAUUGUCGAAUGAGUCUGUACAGCGCACAAGUGAAACGAGAGAAGAAUUGCAGCAAGUGUCUAACGAACUCAAACAGGGCCGAGAAGACAAUGAUUAUAGUGAGAUUGAAUUACGAAAAUGGAUACAAAAACUAGAAAGCAUUGAAAAAGAAUUGCUAAAUCCUACAAAUGCAUGUAUCUAUGAGGACUCUGCUGCACUUGUUCGCAAAAUCUCCAUCGUUCGCCAAGGCAUUCUAGAUAGAUUCGAUCGCACGUCCGUUAAUGGAAAGAUAGAGGAAAAUGGAUAUGUUGUGACGAAAGAUAAUCUUUCUGGUCACAUAGAAGUACGCGGAAAAAAUGAGUAUACCACUGGCAGUUAUACUCUGAGAUUUCAAGUUGACUAUUUAAUACCGAAUGGUUGGAUAUUCUUCGGGAUCAUUUCGAACUUCACACCUAUGAAAAAUGAAUCAUUCGCCUCUUCAACUACAUAUGGCUGGUCGAAUCGACAUCAAACUUAUACUGCUGGUAAUCUCAAUAAUCCAUCAACUCUCGAAGUUUUGGAAGGCGAUGUCAUUGUACUACUGAUUAAUUGUGAUGAACAGACAAUUGAAAUGACAAAUGAAAGAUUGAACCGUACUCAAAAGCUUCCGAUCGAUACCCAAAAAUGCUUAUUUCCCUGGCAGCUUCACCUGAACCUUCAUGCGCCCAAUACGAAAGUACGAAUUCUAUUUUCAAGUGUUUAA